AAACAGGAGACGACCAUUCCGAUCAGAUACACGGAAUUGUUCGUAGAACCCUCUGCGGCAGCUAAUCUUAUUCCCCAAGCGAUUUCUGUUGUAACAUCCGCUGGUGACAAGCGCAAUGACGCAGAGAGUGUCGCUCUCGCCGAGCCAGCAUCCUCGCCACAAUCUGAGCACCUGCCUUCUCCUCCUCUCCCUCCUCGUCUUCUCGUCUCUCCACGCCACGUUGGCCUUUCGCUCCUCCGCGGGGCUCCGCGUGGACAAGCUGCGCGGAAUGAUGCGCGGAAAGACGCAAGGCGGACGCUCGACCGGACAGCAGCAGCAGCAGGGCGGCGGAAUUGGCGGAGGAGGUAUGGACGGCGGCGGAAUGGGCCGGGGGGGAAUGGGUGGCGGCGGAACGGGUGGCGGCGGAAUGGGUGGCGGAGGAAUGGUUGGCGACGGAAUGGGCGGCGGCAGAAUGGGCGGCGGCGGAUUGGGUGGCGGCGGAAUGGGCGGCGGUGGAAUGGGCGGCGGCGGAAUGGGCGGGGGCGGAAUGGGAGGCGGCGGAAUGGGCAGCAGCGCAACAGGCGGCGGCGGAAUGGGCGGAGGUGGAAUGGGCGGUGGGGGAAUGGGCGGAGGCAUGGGUGGUGGAACGGGAGGGCGUGGCUCAGGGUCUUCUGCUCCAGGGUCGCAGGCAGCACCCGGCGGAAUCAGCAGCGGCAGAAUGGGUGGUGGAGGAAUGGGCGGCGGCGGAAUGGGCGGCGGCGGAUUGGGUGGCGGCGGAAGGAGCGGCGGCGGAAUGGGCGGCGGCGGAAUGGGCGGGGGCGGAAUGGGAGGCGGCGGAAUGGGCGGAGGCGGAAUGGGCGGAGGCGGAAUUAGCGGCGGCGGAAUGGGCGGCGGCGGAACGAGCGGCGGCGGGAUGGGCGGCGGCGGAAUGGGCGGGGGCGGAAUGGGUGGCGGCGGAACGGGCGGCGGCGGGAUGGGCGGCGGCGGAAUGGGCGGGGGCGGAAUGGGCGGGGGCGGAGUGGGCGGCGGCGGGAUGGGCGGCGGCGGAAUGGGCGGAGGUGGUAUGGGCGGCAGCGGGAUGGGCGGCGGCGGGAUGGGCGGCAGCGGGAUGGGCGGCGGCGGAAUGGACGGAGGAGGUAUGGGCGGCGGCGGGAUGGGCGGAGGCGGAAUGGGCGGAGGAGGAAUGGGCGGUGGGGGAAUGGGCGGAGGCGGAAUUGGCGGAGGUGAAAUGGGCGGUGGGGGAAUGGGCGGAGGCAUGGGUGGUGGAACGGGAGGGCGUGGCUCAGGGUCUUCUGCUCCAGGGUCGCAGGCAGCACCCGGCGGAAUCAGCAGCGGCAGAAUGGGUGGUGGAGGAAUGGGCGGCGGCGGAAUGGGCGGCGGCGGAUUGGGUGGCGGCGGAAUGAGCGGCGGCCGAAUGGGCGGCGGCGGAAUGGGCGGGGGCGGAAUGGGAGGCGGCGGAAUGGGCGGAGGCGGAAUGGGCGGAGGCGGAAUUAGCGGCGGCGGAACGAGCGGCGGCGGAACGAGCGGCGGCGGGAUGGGCGGCGGCGGAAUGGGCGGGGGCGGAAUGGGUGGCGGCGGAACGGGCGGCGGCGGGAUGGGCGGCGGCGGAAUGGGCGGGGGCGGAAUGGGUGGCGGCGGAACGGGCGGCGGCGGGAUGGUCGGCGGCGGAAUGGGCGGAGGCGGUAUGGGCGGCAGCGGGAUGGGCGGCGGCGGGAUGCGCGGCGGCGGGAUGGGCGGCAGUGGGAUGGGCGGCGGCGGAAUGGGCGGAGGAGGUAUGGGCAGCGGCGGGAUGGGCGGAGGCGGAAUUGGCGGAGUUGGAAUGGGUGGUGGGGGAAUGGGCGGAGGCGGAAUUGGCGGAGGUGGAAUGGGCGGUGGGGGAAUGGGCGGAGGCAUGGGUGGUGGAACAGGAAGGCGUGGCUCAGGGUCGUCUGCUCCAGGGUCGCAGGCAGCACCCGGCGGAAUCAGCAGCGGCAGAAUGGGUGGUGGAGGAAUGGGCGGCGGAGGGAUGGGCGUCGGAGGGAUGGGCGGUGGAGGAUUGGGCGGCGGAGGGAUGGGCGGUGGAGGUAUGGGCCGUGGAAGGAUGGGCGGCGGGGGAAUGGGCGGAGGGAUGGGCGAUGGCGGAAUGGGCGGCAGAGGUAUGGAUGGCUCCGGCUCGUUUGCUCCAGGGUCGCUGGCAGCACCCGGACUGGGCGGAUCUGGGAUAGGCAGCGGGAUUGGAGGAGGCAUGGGCGGACCUGGUGGGAGCAUGGGCGGACCUGGGGGCAGCAUGGGCGCACCUGGGGGCAGCAUGGGCGGACCUGGGGGCAGCAUGGGUGGACCUGGGGGCAGCAUGGGCGGACCUGGGGCAGCAUGGGCGGACCUGGGGGCAGCAUGGGCGGACCUGGGUCAUCUGCUCCCGGAUCAGAAGGAGCCAUGAGUCAUGGGGGGAGCAUGGGCGGAGGCAUGGAUGGGGGGACAAAUGGAAGAAAAAAUUGCAAAGUGGACUGAUGCUCGCGACUUCUUUGGAGAUUAGGCAACGGUUGCAGGGGCCUCAGUCGCUUUGCGGGGCUCACAAUCACUGCCAGAACUUGGCCGCAGCAGCCCUGACAGUGACAGGCGCACGGAACUGUCUGUCGGUGCUGCUUCGUCCAAGAUCUUGACAGUCGGUGCAGUGCAGCCACUUGUGUAGUCACAUCGCCUUUCAUAAGAUCUAGUCUUUGAACAAAUGUGAUACCUCUCUGUGUUUUGGAAAAUGUGCGCUUUUUAUCCCCUCUCUUCCCGCUGAAGCAGAAGGAUGCUAGCUGUUAUGUAACAUCAUGAGAGAAAAACGAUAAGGUACAU